AUGCCUGCGCAACCUUCCGCAGGUGAACCCUCUCCCCCCUCGUCGGAUCCAUCUUGGGAAGGGGAUAGGAUGUUCAACAUUUACAUUUAUGACUAUUGCAAUAAGCGUGGAUUCCGUAAAACAGCUCGCGAGUUGCUGGUAGAGGCUGAAAUACCACCAGACUCUGCUCCCCCCAUCAACGCACGUCAGGGUCUACUUUUCGAAUGGUGGAGUGUUUUUUGGGUACUUUUCACAGCAAAAAGCAACGGAACAGGAACGGAUGACGCUAUGGUCUAUACGCAUCAUCAGAUGCAGCAACAGCACCUCAGACAGCACAACGCCCCCCAAAUGCGGCAGGCGCCACCGGCGAUGAAUCGUUUCAUGAACGGUACGCAAAGACCCCAAGCAUCGAUGCCACCAAACGGCCAGAUGCCUAACGGUGUUGGACCUGCUUCUUUGCCAGGUAAUCCAGGCCCAAUUCAAAAUGGCGCCCAAGGCCCCAUGGCAUUCCCGAUGAACGGUCCUCAAACUAACGGUAUCCCGAUGUCAUCGGGCGGUCCUCCAGGUCAACCAGGAAGUUUCUCGCAGUUACUACCAGGGCAGCAGAGGCCCGGUGGCCCUCCAAGACCAAAUGGCGCUGCGCCUCCAUUCCAAUCCCCAACGAUGUCUCAUUCACCUCAUAUUACGGGAGGCAACCCUGGUUCUGGACCCCAGCAUUCACAGUCUAUGAAUCAGCUGGUAGGCCCGCCUGGCCACCUUACUAACCUCAAUCGCCCUAUGCACCCUUCAAAUCCUUCCCUUGGCUCCGCCCCUCAGACGCAGACGCCACCAUUUCCGAUGGGACGGUCACCCAGUCGUCCUGGCACCCCCGGUCAAGGAGGUAUGAUGCAACGCAGUCCAUCGUUGGUUGCCCGCCAGACGCCAUCGAACGAUCCAAAUCUAGGCAUGCUCAACCAAGAACUCAGUCGUUUGCCUACCGAAGCCGUUACGGCUGUUAAAGCAGCAAUGGGUUUUGGCGAUAAGGAGUUGCACUCGCUUAGCUUCCAAGAUAAGCAACGAAUUAUGAAUGAGGUGCGGCAGCGGAGCGUCAAGGCAUCACAACUCGGCCCUGUUCCAUCGAAUUUGCAAGGGAUGGCUCCGCCCGGACAGCAACGUCGACCUGUUCAGCAUCCAACAAUGCAGCAACCUCCACAGCAACAGCAACAGCAACAACAACACCAGCAACAGCAACACCAGCAACAGCAACAACACGCACAGCGCACCAUAAAACGUAACAGCACGUCACCUGGAGAAGAACAUGGCACGCUCCCGAAUAGCGAAAACUCGCCUCCGGACAGGAAGCGGCAGCGCCGCACACCUCCCCCCAUGGAACAAACAUCAUCCAUGGGUCCCGGGCCAGGAUAUCCGCACCCGCAACAGCAGGGUAUGCCAGGCGGGCCACAACAAAUGCCCAAUGGCAACAUGAUGCGUCCAAUGCAAGGCGCGCCCAUGAAUAACUUCCAGCCACAUGGUGUUCCACCGAACAUGGGUAAUCCUGGUAUGGGACUGCCUAUGGGUGCUCCUGGUAACGCCAUGAGCCCGGGCAUGGUUCCAGGACCAGGUCAUAACAUGAUGAUGACCAAUGCAGCCAUGCAGUACCGACAGAGUAUGACCGCAACGACAAAGACCCUAUUAGCAGCGGCCGCUCCUGGUGCUUCUGAGCAAGGUUUCCAUCCUGUGCAAGGUCAACAACAGUUUGUUGGUUCUCAGAACAAUCGAAUCGGACAGAACUUGGCUCAAGCCAAACCUAUGGGCGGCAUGGCGCCACCUGCGUCACCAGCUAUUGGUGGUCCCAUGAAAGAUCAGAAGGACGUCAAACCUAUGAUCAAUAACCCUUCAGGUAUGCCAGAAGGGUCACCUCACAACGCUCCGGCUGCUCCUGGCCAGGGAGGGCCUUCAUCCAAUCCUACGGGGAGCGCACACGGCACUGCACCCCCGACUCCGAAUACCAUCAACUCAAGCAUCACGCAGUCCCCCGCUCCAAACGGGACACCUUCAGUACCUCCGGCUUCAAAUCCCGCGAGCCAACCACAACCCAAUUUAUCAGAUCUACCACCUAAUUUCAUGUCUUCAGACUUCAUGCAAUCUAUGUCAGCAUUGGAGGACCUAGACCCAUCCAUGUUUCGGACAGACUUUGAGCAAGACUUCCGUGAAUGGUUUGAUCCGGGGGGUGUGGAUCAUCUCAAGUAA